AUGGCGCAGCCACAGGCAGGUUACUGGACGCUUCCUAUUAUUGCGUCUUACCUCUCCGAGAUAAACCCUGCGAAUCACCCUUAUCAGGAGAGGAUCGAUCACUUGUGGUCGAAUAUCCUCAACCACUACUUCCCACUGCGCGAUGGUUUUGGUACCGAGAGGGAAGCACUUGUUAAACCCCCAAGGAGAUUUGCGACCAACGUUGCUAUCACCAACGUGCGCCCUUCAGGUAUGCACAAAGUGAUCCUCGUCGAGGCUAAGGCCUUCCCGCAUAACACGGACAUUGGCUGGUUCAAUGUGUAUCCGGUUUGUUUCUACACGAUGAACUCGCAAAACAACACUGGCUGCAUCCUUACGCCGUUUCCAUUAGCAGGACCACAGCGCCCGCUGAGCGUUCACACUGCUGCGCACAGUAUCCAUGCCAUCCUGACUGCCAUUUCGAUGGAGAUGCGGACGGGGUUAAAUACAUAUUAA